AUGCCUACGCACUCCCCAAUUGCCUCUCACUUCCGGAGCAGGUUCACUACACAAGUCAGGAGAGUCUUACCCGCAUACCUCCUCAUCAUCUUCCUGGUCCUGUUCUUCACUAACUCAUACUUCUUCACUGCUCCUGUUCGCGCUGCACACAAAUACAGGCGGGAGAGGAAGUACCAACAUCCAAUUCAAGCAGAAUUGAGCGUUAUCCCUCGAAAGAUCUGGCAGACCUGGAAGACUGGUCCUCUAGCUUUCGAGCAACGUGAUUCGGAUUCGGCGAAGACAUGGCCAGCCAAGAAUCCGAGUUAUCGAUACGAAGUCCUGACCGAUGAUAACGCCUUGGCGUAUGUCGAAUGGCAUUACGGCGAACACGGCUUCAAUCGCCCAGACAUCGUCGCUCUGUAUCGAGAGCUGGGUAUUACUAUCAUCAAGGCCGAUCUCCUGCGAUAUCUCGUCAUGUAUGCUGAAGGAGGAGUAUAUGCUGAUAUCGAUGUCGAAUGCCUCCGACCCGUCGAAAGGUUCAUCCCUGAAAGGUACAACGAACACAAAGUCGAUAUGAUCAUUGGUGUGGAAAUCGAUGAGCCUGCGUUCAUUGACCAUCCUAUCCUAGGCCCCAAGUGCAAGUCGUUCUGUCAAUGGACCUUUGCAGCUAAGCCGCGAUUGCCAGUCAUGAUGCGCUUGAUCGAGAACAUCCAGGAGUGGCUCCACGACCUUUCGAGGGAGAAGGGUGUUCCCAUUGCGGAGCUUCAACUCGACUUCAACGAGGUCAUCAGUGGGACGGGCCCUUCGGCUUUCACGAAAGCGGUGCUCGAGCAGAUGACUGCACAAAACCACGGAAAGGAAGUAACAUGGGACCCCUUCCACAACCUAGCAGAGUCCAGGCUUCAGAAUGGGAUACUAGUUCUGAACGUGGAGGCUUUCGCUGCAGGACAAGGCCACUCUGACUCAGGGAACCACGAUUCGCGAGGCGCUCUCGUGAAGCACCACUACCACGCUUCUGGAUGGCCUUCCCGUCACCCCCGCUAUAGCCAUGCCAUGUACGGUGAGGUCGAACAUUGCAAUUGGAAGCCAGAAUGCGUCGCGGAAUGGGACAAGAACGUUGCUGAAUGGGACACGCUUGAUAAGGAAGAGCAGGAGAAGCGACUGGCAGGUAGGCCGCCUCCACCACCUGCUUGA